GGGGCCGGCGGCGGGCGGACAGGGCAGGCGCGUGCGGCGCAGGCCGGGCGCCGAAGACCGGGGGCCGCUGGCAGGCACAUGAGGUAACCAGGCUUUGAUGCUCCCUCAAGAAGUCUGCGUACUCAAGGAGGCCAUCCCCCACCGGCUGCUGCUCACAUGGUUUCUGGGCCCCUGGCACUCCGAUUGGGCGUGACCCCUCUCGGGUCGGGCUCUGGCGCCCCCUGCUGCCCAUUGUGACGCGGGCCACCGGAUCUCCCAGGCGGCGGAGGUCCGGCAGAGUGCUGGAGCUAUGGCUGAGUCGCAGGAGCAGCUGCUGCAGCUGCAGAAGGACAACCGCGAUGGCCGUCUGCGGAAGCAGGAGCUGGAGGAGCUGGUGCGUGGGCUGGAAGCCGAGAGCGAGAGCCUCAUCGGGCGCCUGGACGAGCUGCGCGAGCGUGAGCGCAGGUGCGAGGGCACCGAGGCCCCAGGGCAGGCUUGUUGGCAGUCUCGGCUCCGGGCGGUGGGAGCUCAGCCUGGAACUCUCAGGCUGGCGGCGGGCCUUCCCAGAGGAUCCUGCGCCCUAGUUUCAUCACUGGCCAAUUUGCCCCGCCGCGCAGCCUGCAGCGGAGACGAAGCCAAGCGUCGCGGGCUAUACGAGGGGAGGCGCGCGAGGCGGCGCGGGAGCGCGCGGAGCGUGCUCGAGGGCUGCUGGAGGCGGCGGAGCAGCACCGGCUGGACCUGGAGCAACACAAUCGGAAACUGCAGGAACAGUGGGAGGAGCUGUCCAGCCAGGUACGUACAGAGGGUCUCAGGUCACGUCCUCGCCCCCAAGUCCCAUAAGCCAGGCACUCACAAGCUCCGUUCCCAGCUUUUCUACUAUGGAGGAGAACAGCUGAGUCAACAGCGAGCAGAUCAGCAACUGGGGACUCAGCUUAUGGCACUGCAGAAACACCUGGAGCUGGCAGAGGCCAAAUUCACAAUGCAGGCAGAGGGCCUGCGACAGAGCGCGCAGCGUACGGAAGAAGCCUGGGCCAGCUUCCAGGAGCAGAGUGGAGUCCUGCAGGUGCGGCCCCGCGGUUCUGAGAGCUGGUCACUUCCAAAUGCCCCGAGGCCUCAUCCGCUGAUCCGCGGCCAACCAUAUAUCCUCCGCCCUGAGUCCCUGUUGCCACCCUCCAGGAGCUGCAGGGAAAGGUGGAACUUGCAGCCUCGUCGGGUGCAGGACUGCGCGGGCUCACUCAUGGAGGAGGUGGCCAGGGCUGACUGUGAAAAGCGGCUGUUCGGCGGUGCGGGCGCAGGGAGCAUCAGAGCCGGGCGGUGGUGGCGUACGAGACAGGCAGAGAUGGAGUGGCGCUACAACCACCUUUGGAAGGCUGGGCCUCACUGGAGCAUGCCCUUCACAUGCUGACGUCAGCCUCUAGACCUGUGAGGCCCACACUUCUCUGUGUAUCACGAAGAUUGUGUUCUUCUGUACGAGCCUGGAGCAACUAGUGGGCCCUACAAAGGCCCAGUGACUGGGCUCAGGAUGGGAUUCUGGGCUCCAGUGACAGGCAGCAGAUUCUAGGGUAAGCAGGUGUUAUUGCAGAGCACCUGCCAUUUCCAGAGAAGGGUGAGCCUGCAGAUAGACGCAUGGCCGACAUCUUUUAUAGGACGCUUGUAACAAAGCAGCACUGGUGAGAAGAGACACGCCACACUACAAGGAGUCCUUACUGACCUUCUUUUUCAAGCUCGCUCACUCCACAUCGCUUCACCUUAAACUUGGCCAAAUACGGUGCUUUCGCAGCGCUGGAAAAGGAUGUAGCACAUGAGCCAGAGCUGGCAGAGACUUCCCAGGGAGUCGCAGAGUGUGGGACAGGCACUCACCUCUGCAUCGGUGUUCCUGACUUAUAGUCGAUGUCUAACACAAUUGCUUCAGGGUUGCUGGGCAGGUAGCAGCCUGGGCAGGCACAAAAGAGAGGUACAGGGAGCUACAUGUCACCACAGGGAGCCACAAACAGUCCCCAACACAGGCUUCACAUGCAGAGCAGCCUUAUGAGGACCCCUGACUUGUCCUGUGCUCAUUGUAGGUCUGUCCUUCCCGACUCAGACACUUCAUGAUCCAUCUAGAUAGCUGUCAAAGAACUCCUCCUCCCAGGAGACACUUUUCCAGAAGGUUCUGGACCUUAGCUUUGUGGCAACUACCCUGGUUGCUGCCUAGUCAAGUCUCAGUAGAGACUCCCAGAAUGCUCUCAACACACUCCUCCUCCUUUAUGUUCUGUGCACCAUCAGGUGCUCCCUUUUCUCCGUGUGGUGGAUAGGUUUGGUCCCCACAGACUCAUACGUUGGAACGUUUGGUUAUUGGGAGUGGCACUGUUAGGAGGUGUGGCCUUGUUGGAGGAGGUU